AUGGUUCCAUCGGAUGCCCUUCACCAGGAUAAUAUCCUCGACCUUGCUGUGAGAGCUAUCCAGCCCACAGGUGACAGACAGCCGAUCCCCAGAACACCAUAUGAGGCUGUGGCUCUGAUCGGCCAUGCAUGCAUGGUAGCAGUUGAUUUCAGGCUGGUCGGUCUCGGUGAAGACCACAACUUAGAAACAUCUACAGAUACACUUUCCCUCCCCGCAGAAUGGAACGCUAACGAUACAUUUGCCUUUCGGUACACACAUGCGCAGUCUUCGACGCAGUAUCUACUCAAAGUGAGCCGGCUAGGAAAUAACGCAGUCAUCUUUGCGCUGGCCUUGGGAGAUGACCGGACCAGCUCGUUCGAUAUCCCCGUCAAAAACUACAUCUCCACAUCUGCGCUUCCACUAUCUUCCUCAGACAAUAUCCCUGCGUCUCUGCGAGAGCUUUUCAUCUCGCCACCUGGACUAGGCGAGUUGAUCAGUUUGUUCAGAAUCAAUGUCAUCGAGAAACUCGCGCCCGGUUUGUACAGAGAGGCGUAUGAAGAUCUAAGCCAGCCGCCCAGAGCAAGGCCACAAGAAGGACAACCAGAUAUUCGCCAGGACGGCUCCCUCCCGGAGCCUGCUCGUCCACAUCCAUUUGAUGAUCCCCUAGCGGCAGCUCCCCGCCGCUCCAACCCACCAGACUUUGCCCCGCCCGGGUUCGAAGAUGAGCAUCAGAUCAACCGGCCCUCGCGAGGAUAUCCAGGAGGACUUGGAGGCAGAAGUCCGUACAACAUUGGAGAACGAGAUCUUUAUCCAGCAGGACUUGGUCCUAAUGAUCCUCUGCGCGGAUCUAUGAGUCCUGGCUCUGGUCAAGGUGGCGGGGGUAUGCAUCCUACCUUUGAUGACCCUCUCUUCAGCGGACAAGGAGGAGCUGGUAAUGGUGGAUAUGACCCCCGUGUGCCCCCCGGUGCCAGAUAUGAUCCCGUAGGUCCUGGUGAGCCACCUGUUGGUCGUAAUCGAGGACCGUUCGGUAAUAAUGGACAAGGUGGGGGCGGGUUUGGUGGUGGAUUUGGCGGGGGCAUUAUCUAA